AUGACUCCGAAUCCAAAUAAAAGUUCUUUGGAGGAAUUUCACCUACAAGCGAAGACAUCUGUAGUGAGUGAAAAACCUGAAAAAGUUGAAUUUGUAUAUGUGAAUGUUUUUAUAUACGCUGCUUACCACCUUUUUGCUAUAUAUGGAUUGUAUCUAUCCUUUACGUCUGUUAAAUGGCCUACUAUUAUAUUGGGUGUUAUACUCUGGACCCUCUCAGUCCUCGGCACAACAAUGGGCUCGCACAGACUAUGGAGUCAUAGAGCGUACAAGGCUAAAUUACCUCUACAAAUAUUUUUAAUGAUCUGUACAUCUAUAGCUUGCCAGUUAACGAGUUACAAUUGGGUUAGAGAUCACAGAAUGCAUCACAAAUAUUCUGAUACGAACGCCGACCCUCAUAAUGCUAAACGAGGGUUCUUCUUCUCUCAUAUGGGAUGGCUGUUGAUUAAAAAACAUUCCGAAAUAAAACGAUUAGGGAAUACAAUUUAUAUGGACGAUGUUCACAGUAAUCCUGUACUUAUGUUCCAAAAGAAAUAUGCAAUACCAUUCAUGGGAUCUCUGUGUUUCAUAAUUCCGGUGUUAAUUCCUAUGUACUUCUGGAAUGAAACCUUCGUUAACGCCUUUAAUUUCAACAUAUUAAGAUUCAUUCUUGGCGUUCAUUCCAUUUGCUGUAUAAACAGUUUUGCACAUUUAUGGGGAAGUAGACCUUAUGAUGAGAAUAUAAUGCCGGUGGAAAACAUGGGAGUAUCUCUAGUUACAUUAGGAGAGGGCUUCCAUAAUUACCAUCACACAUUCCCAUGGGAUUACAAAGCAGGAGAACUUGGGAAUAACUGGCUGAACUUUAGUACAUCGACUAUCGACUUCUUCGCCAAGUUAGGAUGGGCUUACGAUCUUAAGACUGCGUCAGGUGAGGUAGUGGAAGCUAGGAUUAAAAGAACUGGUGAUGGAACUUAUAAAAGAGAAGUCUUUAAAGAAAACGACAGAGGAAAGAAAGAAAAGAACAUAGGACAUUGAAGAAUAAAUUUUAAUAUCGUGAUAUCGACU